AUGGAUGACAGGUUGAAUGUUACUUAUCUGACUCUUGAUGGGUUUGUGGAGCUGCAUAAGUUCAGAUAUGUUUAUUUUCUGAUCAUGUUCACAGUGUAUGUUCUAAUAAUUGUGUGUAACUCAACCAUCGUGUGUCUCAUCUGGAUCCACAAAAGCCUCCAUGAGCCCAUGUACGUCUUCAUUGCCGCUCUAUUAAUCAACUCUCUGCUCUACAGCACCAACAUCUACCCCAAGCUGCUGACUGACUCUUUAUCUGCCGAAGCCACUGUAACCUAUAAGCUGUGUCUCUUCCAGUCUUUUGUUUGUUACAGUCUGGCCAGCUCAGAGUUCCUGCUGCUGGCAGCCAUGGCCUACGACCGGUACGUGUCCAUAUGCAAACCGCUGGAGUACCCGAGCAUCAUGAGGAGGCCCACGGUCCUGCUGCUGCUGGCUGUGUGCUGGCUGCUGCCCGUGUGUGAGCUGGCAGUGUCGGCUGUGCUCUACGCUAACAUGAAGCCGUGUAGCUUCACUCUGAAAGGCAUUUUCUGUAACAACUCCAUCUACACAGUGCAGUGCGUGCGCUCGCUGACUCUGGCCGUUUACGGCAUCUUCAUGUUGGUGAACAUGUCAUUGUUCCCUUUCCUCUUUAUCCUCUUCACCUACAGUAGGAUCCUCCUCAUUUCCUACAACAGCAGCAGCAGCAGGACAGUCCGGACGAAGGCUACCCACACCUGCUUGCCUCACCUGCUGGUUCUCAUCAACUACUCCUGUUUCUUAACCUAUGACAUCAUCAUCGUGCGUCUAGACUUGGACUUCACUAAAGUCAUUCGUUUCAUAAUGACUUUGCAAAUGAUUUUGUAUCAUCCUCUCUUUAACCCAAUUAUAUAUGGACUAAAGAUGAAGGAAAUCUCCAAGCACCUAAAGAGGUUAAUGAGUGGGGUCAAAGAUUUUCUUUCAAUGGCUGGUUGA